CAGAACAUGGAAGGGGAGUUUCAACCAACUACCCUCCAUAUCUUCAUUGAUCGGAACCAUGACACCUUUCAACCAACAUUUUUCCACUCCCACACUGCUUUUCAAACUAUUCAACACACAAUAACUGAGUUGGCUGCUGUUUUUACCCCUUUCGUAAGCACUCUCGUACCAAAACGAGGAAGGAAUUUAUGUUGCACAUGUUUUUAUUUCCUCCCAUAAAUCUUUCUUGUUCCAAACGAUGUAUUAUUAUCACCUGUUGUUUUUGGACGUUGUAAAUGUGUUAAUUUAUACGAAUUAUGCAGCUUGCCGAGUUCGAUGGUUGAAAUGAUGGACCCUACGCCAUGGUCUUACCAGGGUUCAUCAAUGGCAGCGCCUCUCACCUUCGUCCCAACCCGCUGCCCCGGUUUCCACCGAACUCCCCGGUUCUUAAUGAAACACAACCAAACCACGGGGUACAUGCAAGGACUGGGAAUAGUGAAAGGGCACUCUCGUGGGAACCAUAGGGUUCUUGGUCAUUCAAGUCCCAGGACAACUGAAGGACCAAGUUCACAAAAUUGGGAGGGUGAGAGUGCGCCCGUUUCAAGUGGUGGAAGGUUUCUUCGGAAACUGCAAGACGUGGAUCGACUACAUCACAAAGACCAGAAAGAGCACAAAGGACUACCAACGGUGUGGUGAUAAGAGAUCCCAACGUUGUACUUCCGAAACCCCACCACCAGGGAACUAAUAUUGCCAGGCUGCUGUAACACUACUCGAAAUUUGCAUACUCAAAUUGCUUUUGACAAUUCUCACUACUAGAAAUUGGACCUAUGUUAAAGAUCAUGACACUCCAUGGUAAAGGCGCUUUGAAAGGACGAAUACAGAGUGCAGCAAAACCACAAACACAUGGAAGGCAGAUCGAAGAAAAAGCCAGAAGAAAAGAAGAAGAAAGAGAUUUUAUUGAUAAACGGUGUCAGAAAACUUAGUUUACAGGAAAUGUAUUAAUAUAAACAAUCUUAUUAGUUGGGGGAUGCAUAUAUACAUAUGAAGCCCCAAUACUUAGUAAUACCAUAGGAAUAUGGAAAUGUUAUACCUGAUUACAAGUUAUAGAAUAUUCUACAUAGAUGUAAAAUAUU